AUGAUCACUAGAGAAGAGUUGGUUGAUGAGAUUGCUCGGGCGAUACACGCUACCUUGCCAGAUGUAGUUGCUCAGGCACGAGAUGCAAUAAUAAGUGAGUACCAGGGUAACUUGGGCGGAGGUGAAGAGGACUAUGAGUAUAGUACACCAAAUACAAAUCCUGACCCAAGCAUUGCACAACCCUCAAGGCACAUUGACAACCAUGAACGGAGGGGUUGUAGCUACAAGACAUUCAUGAAUUGUAAGCCACCUAUAUUUAAUGGAGAAAUUGAUCCCGUUUUGUCAUCAACAUGGAUCAUGGAGAUCGAGGGAACGUUUGAUACUAGCAAAUGUGCGGAUGAGGACAAGGUGAUUUAUGCUGCAACACUGUUAAAAGGGGAGGCUAUACAUUGGUGGGGUAUGGUGAAAGAAGUUAGGGGGCGUGAUACGGCCAAGAAGAUGUCGUGGGAUGAGUUUCUAAGAAUUUUUAAAGAAAAGUUUUGCCCUCGAACAGCGGUUAAACAGUUGGAGGAAGAAUUCUUGAGUUUAGAACAAGGGAAUAUGACUGUGAGAGAGUACACCACUAAGUUCACUGAGAAAGCUAGAUUUGCAGAGUUUUACGUGUCUACGGAGGAAAGGAGGGUGGAGAGGUAUAUUUGGGGACUAACAACUGCCAUUCAUGAAUUUGUAGAAAUUCAGAAACCAGGUACCUUUCAGUCUGCUGUAGACGCUGCGGAAGGCCGAGAGCGGGAAAAGAAUCGUCAGGGUGAGGGUAAGCAUUCAGGAAAACAGAAGUUGGAAAGUUUAAAUAUAGACUCAAAGAAAGGAAAGACUUCUAGUUCAGAUUGUAACUAUGAGCAACAGUCUGGGAUAGAACAGUGUACUAUAUGCAAACGAUUCCAUAAAGGGGAGUGUAAUAUGAAUCAAAGAACUUGCUACAAAUGUGGAAAAAUAGGACAUAUCGCUUCUGAUUGUAAAGUGGGGAAAGUAUGUUAUGGAUGCGGGUCCCCAGAUCAUAUCAGGUCAAACUGUCCUCAAAAUAAGGGUAACAAUAAUCAAUGCAUAAUGACAGAGAAAGGGAAUCGGUCGGGAGAUGAAAAGGCAGAAACGACAAGGACAAAAGGAAGAGUUUUCCAUAUAACAGCUCAGGAAGCUCAUGAUACCCCGAUAUAG